GUGAAUUGACAUGAUCAUAUGAUUAUUAAUUAGAGUACAAUAAAAGAAGAAGAGACUCACAAAGGAAAAUAUAAGAGACAAUUCUAAAGUUCAACUCAGUUAUUUCAAGUAAAGAUGGAAAAGAUUAGAAAGAGAUACACAGGAAAGAUAGCUGUGAUCACUGCAUCAACUCAAGGUAUUGGCUUUUGCAUUGCUGAACGACUUGGGAUAGAAGGAGCCUCUGUUGUCAUCUCUUCUCGCAAGCAGAAAAAUGUGGAUGACGCAGUAGAGAAGCUAAAGAGUAAAGGAAUCAAUGUGUUGGGUGUUGUUUGUCAUGUCUCCAAUGAAGAACAAAGGAAAAAUUUGAUAGAACAAACUAUUCAGGAAUAUGGAAAAAUAGAUGUGAUUGUAUCAAAUGCAGCUGUUAACCCAACUCCUGACACAAUCUUGAACACCCAAGAAUCUGCCCUUGACAAGUUAUGGGAGGUUAAUGUCAAGGCUCCUGUACUUCUUCUCCAGGAAGCUGCACCCCAUUUAACAAUAGGUUCUGCCAUUAUAUUCAUAUCCUCAAUUACUGCUUAUCAGCCUAUGCCUUUGAUGACUAUGUAUGGAGUCACCAAAACUGCCCUUCAUGGUCUCACUAAGGCAUUAGCAACAGAAAUGGCACCAAAAACUCGCGUAAACUGUGUUGCUCCUGGCUAUAUACCUACCCACUUCUCAGGAAUCAUCACAAGGUCCGACCCAAUUAGGCAUAUCUUUGAGGAGGCAACUCUACUCAAACGAUUUGGGACUACAGAAGAUAUCGCGAACGCCACAGCCUUUUUAGCCUCGGAUGAGGCCUCUUACAUAACUGGUGAAACCCUGGUUGUUUCUGGAGGGAUGAACGCUCGACUUUAAGCUACCACCUCCACCCAGCUUCCUCAUUAUUAUUCUCUAUUUAGUCCUUUUCAGUCCAAUGUAUUAGAUGUCCCCUUUACUAUUUUGAGAUGUAGCAAGUAUUGUCUGAUUUUGUAACUGUGUGUGUGUGGAUUUGAUGUCUUGUUAGUUGUAUAUAAGCAUGUAAUGUAAUGUAACAUAAUGGACCAAAUAAAGGACUUGAUUCGCAA